AUGUCGAGUGAUGAUAAAAAUAAGCCUAGUGAUCCCAAGAAUGAGCCCAGAUGUGACCCCAGAUGUGAACCAAAGUUUGAGACCAAAUGCCAGCCCAGCUGUUUAAAGAAGCUGCUGCAACGGUGCUCUGAAAAGUGCCCUCGGGAAAAGUGCCCACCACCACCCAAGUGCCCCCCGUGCCCUCCACCGUGCCCCCGGCAAUGCCCACCAUGCCCACCGCAGUGCCCAUGUCCUCCCAAGCACUGUGUCAAGCCCUGUCCUCCUAAAUGCCCACCGCCCUGCCCACCGCCCUGCCCACCCCCAGAGUGA